AAAUAUAUAAAGUUGAAUACACUUGACAUAUUGACAAUAUAAUUUGGCUAGAAUAAAGAAUAAUUUGGUUCUAUGGAUAAUAGUGCAUAAGCAGAAAUAACUGCGUAGGGUACGGAGGGCAGGGCUUGACUCCCGUCACCUCACGAACCAGCUUGUCAACGCAAAAUUCCCUUUUUAUGCUGUCUGUCAUUACCAUCUCCUCCCAUUUUCGAUCCGUCACACUUGUGUCACCACCCUCAUCAUCACCUUUACCACGCGUGCUCCACCAUUCUUUUAGGGGGUCGCGCCACUCUUUGGGGGUCUUCUUUGAGGAAGGCCUCUCCUCUUCCUCGGUGUCCUGCAGUUCACCUUUUGGAUUACACAUACGCACCAAGGUGGUAUAGUAUUUGUGAGAUACAAAGUUGUGUUUCGUGUCAGGUACAUACAGGUAGUGUGUGUACUUGUGAUUGUGAUUUGUGUGGAAACUGAUCAUGGAACAAUUAAAAGAUGAAUUCUAAAAAAAUUACUGUGGGAAUAAAGCAUGGAAAAAGGCCUUGGAACUUAUCCUUUGUUUGCAAAUAACAUCUGAAUUAAAGCUUUAAGAAUGUUGCUGCUGGACAGGAACUUUCUGCACGUAGCUAAGCAUUUAAACAGCUUUGCAGUAAUAACCUUUUGAAAUAUAAUUUUAGAAUAUUGCUUGUAAUAAGGAGCUUUAAAAAUAUAGGUUUAGAAUGUAUGUAAAGGAAAUAUGCUUAUCUCAACACCUUAGCAAAACAGUAAAAAGCAGCUUGAGAAAGGAAGUUGAACAUCAACUCAAGGAUUGAUAGCUUCAACCAAGGGAAGCUGACCAAGGGAAGCUAGGCAUCACCAUCAUGAGAUUUAUAGUCUUUGCAAAUAAAAGGUAGACACACAUCUGGAGUUUGGACCACAGCAGCUGGAAGACCUCUUUCUUCUUUGAGAAGUCGAACCCCACCAUCUGGGGAUACUCCUUUCUGGGGUACAUCCUGAGAAAAACUAACUCACAAUAGUGUAUAGAAUUGUGAUGUAAAAAUUAGGAAUAAAAACUGCUGAGAAUCAAAACUGCUGAGAAAGCUGUGUGUACCCCUAUAAAUACCUGUCGGCCUCAACCAUCGGUGUGCAAUUAGAGGGAAAACUUCCCCCACUGUACCCAGCGCUGUUUUACUCAUACUUUACCAUAUUAAUUAAUAAAUUAAUUUUUGCUUGAAUAUUAGCCUAGUCAAGCUUCUUAUUUAUAACAGUAUAGAGCCAAUAUUAUGUUCUAGCAUUAAAGCAAUCAAUCUCAUAUAAGUAGCAUUUUCCUGGUGUCCUACCAAAUUUUCCUAUCUUCCAACUAAAUUUAGUAAAAGUUAUCUCUUGCUUCUUCCUGUUCUGAACAUCUGCAGGAGAAGAGGGGGGGAGCCCCUUCUUUCCCUUUCUUUCUUGGCAUUACACCUUUAACUGUUUUAUUAUUUCCAAAUAUUAAUGUAUCAAUAUUGAUUACUGUUUCAAUUUUAUCAGCACGAAUCACACCUAUUUAUUACAUAAUCAUAACUGCCUUUUUACAUUAUUAAAUCGAUUCUUUUAUCAGAAUAUUUAUAACACUUCUUCUAGCUGAAGUCUCAAUUGGUCCUCAGUCCGUGGGGGAAUGUGAAAGGACCACUCUAUUUUUCUUAAAGCGCGUCUUAAGUCUCAACGUGACGCGCUUGGAGCAGGGAGCUGUGGGAGUUCUCUGGAGAGCCGAGAAGGCAGGAAGGGAGGCAGGGAAAGGGGCAGGGAGGAGGGGCUUAGCCUGGAGGGAUCUGAGGAGCAGGAGGCUCAAUCUAUCGCCGCUGCCCGCGGGCGAGCCCCGGGGCUCCGCGCUCUCCUCCGCCGGCGGCCCCAGCCCCGCACCCCGCGCCGGGCGGGCAGGACGCGCCGCCCCCGCCCCGGCGCCGCCCCGGAGCUCCCGCCCCGGAGCUCCCGCCCCGCUGUCCGGAGCCGGGGUCUCCUUCCGUCUCCCAGCGGGGCCGACAGUCGGGGCUGCGGACGACUCCCUGGCUGGGCUCGAGUGCUGCGAGUGUCUGAACAAGGACAAUGCGAUGCGCAGGCUCCGGAACGCAUCCCUCGGCCCGAUCACCUUAAGGACGCAGAGAGGCCAGUCAGGGCCAUGAAAUCCGAUACCUGGCCUUGUUUGGAGGUACAUGGUCAAAGUCAAAUCCCUUGGUUCCUCCUUGAGCCCUGGCCAGGCUUUGGGUGGAACCCGGGAGGAGAAUGAAACCAGAUGUUCCUGCAGAGAACGUAUGGAAGCUUGUUUAUUCACCGGCAUAAAAGCUGGACCCUCUCACAGCGAAGACGGAGAGCUGGCCUGCGGGUGGAUGUGCCUGAAGAAUUUCCCAGUUACCAGGAGUGGCUCUCCAGUCCUUCGCUGUGGCUGGAGCUCCCCAGCUGAAGUGCAGAUCUGGAUGAUAAUAAAAUAUUAGGGUCCCCCUUCUUCCUCUUCUUGAAAACUGGGGCAACGUUCACCAGCUUCCAGUCAGCUGGGACUUCUCCAGACUCCCAAGAUCACUCAAAAACCAUCACGAGAGACUUUGCGAUGACAUCGGCAGCUCUUUAAAGACUAGUGGAUGAAUCCCAUCAGGAUUUGUCAGAAGUCAAUAGGAAAUACCCAGUGAAACAUUAGCAGCCUGAAAGCUUUACCUUGGAUGCAAAAGCCUGUUUUCUUUGCUAAGAUUGUUGCAUCAAUCACUCAUUUUGGUUUUGCCUGAAGAAAAAGAAAACAAGAAAACAUGGAUUGGAAUGUAAGGCCAGUCCAGAAUGCUGAUGCAAACACAAACCUGCAAAGUGAAGGAGCAUGUUUCACUCAGCUACUUCCUAAUGGACAUGCCUUUCCUCAGACAAAUGCCAACUCCUCUAAAAAUGCAUGCACUCACGCUGAAAAUAACCAAAUCAUGUAUAUGCCAACUAUCAAUGUUGCCUUCCCUGCUGUAAAUGCUGAAGGAUUCAAAACUUCAGAUCAAACCUCACCAGGAGCAUCUGUAACUGGUAAUAAUUUUUUUAUGUCAAAAUACUCAGUCAAAAGGAAUCAACAGAUGUACGUAACAGCUCUAAAACCUCCCAUUCAGAAUUCCCCGUUGCGGCCAGAGAUGACUCCGACUUCUUGGCCAGUCUCUAAUCCCUACAGUUAUCCCUGCAGAAAUGUACCCCCCCUGUCCUCUCAAGUGAACACAGGGAAUAAUGUUAGGAAUGUGCUUGGGGAGCCACAGUACAGCAAUACCAGUGCUUACACCCUGCAGCCAGAAAUGCUGCAGCAUAAUUCCCUGAGACUUGCAACACUACAUCAAGGUGGCAUUCAUCCCCAGAAUAAUUCUUUUCCUCUUGGUACUUCCGGGCAACAUGUCCAACCUCAGAUAUUUAAUUCCAAUAAUCAGUGUAAAGUUUUGUAUUCAGUGAAUCAAAAUACUGGGAUGAAUGUGCAGCUGCCACAAUUUCAGCAGAGUCAGAUGGCAUCAGAAACUCCUAGAGGAUGUUCUGCACCUUCUUUGUUGCCUGCCAACUGUGUUUCAAGGCCUGCAGCACAACCUUCAAUGGGUGUACCACAGGAAAUGCAAAAUGUACCUAAUGGAUACAACAUAAACCAGCAGAGGUGCCCACUGGAUCCAAAAAAUGCUCCUGGGUUUAACAGUAUUCAGCAACACUGUCAGAAGCAGCAAUCUGGAGAAGUUAGUCAAUCCAUCAGGAAUGUCUGUAAUCCAAGUGGAAGUGUGACAGCCACUCGGUCUUUUAGUGAAAGUUCUGUGUCAUCCCCUGGCAUUCCCAAAGAACUGCUUGAUGUUGUGAAAGAAAUAGAAGCUCUUUCUUCAAAGCCACUGAGUGAUCCUGCUUCAGUUCCAGAGAGCCAGACUAGUAGUUUGAUGAAUGGGCCUGUUAAUGCUCAGAUUUCUUCAGCGGCAGCAACGCAUGGAGUAGGAAUUACAAGGGAGAGACUAGCUUGGGAAGCUGAAAAGCUGAAAUGUCUUAAAAAAAGGGUAGUCCUGCUUGAAACGGUUCAUAAUUAUAAAAAAAAAAUCUAUCAUGAAAAAAGUAGUCAUUCUCUUCCUCCUAGUUAUCCAUGUUCUCCUUCUAAUUGUCUUCCAUGUGUGCCCAAACAAAAUGUACAGCCUCCCCCAUCUGAAGCAGCGAGGACAGAGAGGCCCACACUCAUGGUUUCACAUGAAGAAAGAAAUGACAAAAACCUAGCCAGUACUGAUAACAGAAGAUUGGAGGUGACUCAAAGUAACCCUCAGGUGAAGCAGGGAAGUCUUUCAUCAAGCUUCACUGCUGUUCCCUCUCAGAGCAAAGUCCCAGCUCAAUUUAAUAAUCCUGAGAGCAUCUUGGAACAAAGGGAUGUGCAUGCCUUGCCCUCUUCUCAAGGAACUGUGACUUCCUCAAACAAUGCUUCGUGUUUUACUCAAGUAGGGAGCUCUGUCAGGAGUGCCUCAAAGACUCUGCAAAUUGGCCCUGAGAAUUCAUCAUUUCUUCAGUUUGUAUUGAGCAGCACAAACGUGCUGAAAGAGAAGACAGCUGGUGCUACUGCUGAUAAAAUAUUGACAAAUCUCCUGUGUAGUGAAAAACCGCUGCUUGAUACAUCUGUCUCGUGUGGAAGCUUGCUAAAAGACACUAGUGAGAAGAAUGUAGAAAGUCUGAAAGGUGAGCAGGCGUCUGUGGCUCACACAAACUCUCCUGCAUCAGAAACAACUGCAUCUGGUGAUGCUCAAUUGCAGACUGAGGUAGCUCAGAAGAAACCACCAUUUAAUGAAAAUGCAUCCUGUAGCCAGAGCAAUUGUAAUUACUCUAUGGAAGAGCUGGUUGCAUGCCUGCGCUUGUGGGGGAAGUAUCCACCAGAAUCUGUAAGUGUGGAAAAUAAACAGUCAAAUGAAAGCCCCACAGCAAAUCAGGUUUCACCUUCCGACCAAAACACAAAGAAGGGAGAAAAAAAUAAUGUGCUGGAUAGCAUGGAUGAGGCUGUUUUGCCUGUAACAAGUACCUCUGUGGGACAAAAACUGGAUACACUGACUUCCAGUUUGAUAAAAAAUUUUGAACCUCAAGUUGCAGUUGUCUCUCCUUUAGUGCUUUGUGAACAAAGAACACUAAGUGAGCAGGCAGGCAAGAUCCCAACACCUGAAGGUAAAACCUAUCCAGCGAUCAACUCGGGGAGCACAUGUAGCUUGCAAGAAGAGGGGGAAAAUGGUUUAAAUGUGGCCAGUACUGACAAAGGAACAAUAGACAAUGCUUGGUCAUCACCCAGUGAUUGUGUUCUGGAACAAAAAGUGGAUUCGGAUUUGCAACAGAUCAGAGUAGGUGAUGAAAACCAAAGGAAAGUUAGUCAAUCUGCACAAGAUGCAAGAGGAAACUUGCAGCUUGGAUUACAAAACAAGGCUCCUCUUCCUGAAUCAGGCACAAAUUUUUGUAGUCAGAUCUCUCAAGAAGGUACAAGAGACCACGAAGAUAAGCAAGCUGUGUUAGAGGCAGGAGAUACAUCUACAGCUGUGCUGGAAAGUGACAUGCUUUGUAUUUCUAGUGUUUGCUCUCUUGUUGAGGGUGAUAAAUUUUAUAACCCACAAAUAGCAGGCAUGUUCAAAUCAGUCUAUGAGACACUGGAAUCAGAAGGAAAUGCAUCUGGUACAAGGCAAAAGGAACCACAUCCGGACUUGAAUAAAACUGAGCUGAGCAAUAACACUGCCCAAAGAGAGAGCUUGCUGCUAAAGAUGUUGGAAGAAUCAUCAAGUCAUUUGGAGAAGGAAAGCAGUGGCAAUCCUCCUAAAGCAGUUUCUACCUCUGAACAAAAAACGUCAUUCAAGGCAUCUUCCAAGCACCCUGAAAAUUCCUUAGAAAGUCCUGCUAAUAUAAAACAAAAGUUAGCUCAAAAUUCACUGGAUUCCUCUGUCAGCAUAACUGCUAAAACAAAUGCACCCGCUGUUCCAGGAGACUGCAGUGAACAAAAUUCCAUGCCCAGUAAAAAUAGCAUGGAAAAGGAGGUGAACUUUCUUGGAGCAAAACCUAGUAAAUAUCUAAAAGAUCAGCUGCUUGCUCUAGUGAAAGAGUUUCCAUAUGGCAUUGAAGGUGCUGAUGUGCUAACAAAAGAAGCAGCACAAAAUCAUUCAGUGGCUGAUGGGACAGAGAAUCAGUCUCAAAAAGAGGUUAAAAUUUGUGACAAGAAUUCUCAUUUGAAGGACCCAGUAAAUCAGAGUAAAAUUGCAGUGUUAAGAUCUGAUCAGGUUCAAGAACUGUCUCCUGCGCACAACCAGUGUCCCUCUAGUGACAGCAAGAGAGAAGUGAGGCAACAAUCAGAAAAGGCUUCAGCUGACAAGGACAACCUUGAAAGCAGUGUCCAGCCUAGUCAGGAUCUAUGUGAGAAGGAAAAAACCCCACAAGAAACUUCUAACCCCAGUGAAAAAAGUGAAGAUCGCUCUUUAACAGGUGGUGUAUCUGUAGCAUAUAAAACACCACAUUGUCCCUCUCAGUUAGAAACAUCUGGUUCAGAGAAAAAUGAUUGUCAACUUUCAAAAGCUGAAAAUACUGACUCUGCAGAGACAGAAGAAAACAACAGUCAAUCUGAUGCCUUGAAAAAGGAAAACUGUGUAGUGGGAGGAGACCUGACAAUUUCUGAAAAAAUCCCAGAAAAUAUUAGCAAAAAUAAAGGUAUUUGCAAAUACACCUCUGAAAUGAACAAGAAACCUAGGCUGAAGGUGGAUAAUGAAUACAAACUGCCUACAACAAAGCAGGAAAAAAUUGGACCAGUUAAUUCUUUUGAAAACCAGGAUGCUGAUAAAUGCAAAAGCAGCAGUUUGAAGGAACAUCUGCAAAUUGACAAAGGAACCCAAGUGUCAAGUAAAGAAUUGAAUUCUUUCAAAAAAGAGCACCAGACAGCCUCUGAAGAGUUACCAGAAAAAACUGAUCAUACAUAUGCAGACAAUAUGGCGAAGUUGCCUGUAAAGAAGGAGAGAGUUUUCAAAACUGAGUCCCUUUCAAAAGAUACAACCAAACCAGGUCUGACCAUGAAAUCCAAACCAGACAUUCAUCAAACUGUGAAGUCAGAAACUGUUGAAAUUAAGCAAUCUGAAGUCGGUCAAGGACAAAAAAAAAAAACUUGUGAAGAGAACUCCGCUGAAGAACAAAGCUGCAGGGAACAAAAGGAAGUGCUUAGGCAAGAUGUAGGAAUUAGUGUCAAAGAGCAAGCAAAACUGCCAGCAGAAAUGAAGCAUAAAAAAUUGAGUAGUUAUCGAGCUGAUGCUGUAAAAUUCUCAGAUAGUAGCACUGUAGACUUCAAAUCAAGACACACAAAAUAUUCUCAGCAUAAAUCUCUGAAAGUUCAUCCUUUGCAAGAGCAGCCACACAAACGGAAGAUGAAGGAAAAUAUGGUUGGGAAGAGAGAAUUUAAGAAAGCAAAGCUGGAAGAGGAAGGACUGAAACAAUCGAAAGGAAAGAGUUCUAAGCAGCUUGCACACAAUUGUUUGCUAAAUGCUGACAAAGCUAAAAAACUGAAUGGAGAAAAUGGUUGGAAGCCAAGGAGUUCCUUAGUGGAUUGCUCUGUGCUUAAACUGCAGAGAAAAAGGGCUCGAUCUUCUAGCCUGUCUAGAAACUUCUUUUCUAGCAAAGAAAGACAUCUCGAUGGUCAAAACAAAGACAAGUGCUCUGAGAAAAUGUUUCCUGAUAAAAAUCUUCUAUACCUAAACAGAAGAAAUAACAGACUAAAGCUGCAUCUUCAAAAGGAACCCAAAAAACACUAUUUGAACAGAGUGGCAUUUAAACGUACAGCACAGGAGCGCAUCUCUCUGACAAAAUUGGAGACAUCACCUGUCAGACCCGUCUGGCAUAGAACCACCAAAGUAUCACAAAGCAGCAACUCAAAAAAAGAUGUGUCUGUCUCAACAGUUGAGAAAUCAUGCAAACAGGAAGUCCUUGAGUUCAAGCUGUGUCCAGAGAUACUGUUCAGAAAUCCAGCCCCUGGUGAAGAAAGCUUAGCUGCAAAGAAUUCUCCAGAAAGAGAUAAAGUUGUUGUAGAAGGUGUCAAGAGUAAAAAAGAAGAUUGGUUAAAAUGUGAACCAGUGAAGCAAAAGAAACUGGAAGAGAUCUCUACAGCUGAGGACAGUAUUCCCCUUGAUACAGCUAUACAGAUCCUGGAAGGACAUGGAGAGACUCUUCACAUUCCUGUCAAAGACUCAAAAGAGAUGUUUCAGACCUACAGGAAAAUGUAUCUGGAAAAAAAGAUGCAAAAAUCUUGAUAGGACUCCUGUAUCAAAGGUCUCACUAUCACUAAGAAAAAAAUGCCAACACUAAAAUAAUUUUUUUUUCUGUUUACUUCAUGUUGCUGAAUAAUUGUAAAAAGCCCAGAGUUUUCUGGUGGGUGUUGAAAAUUUCCUUCACCAUUUCCUCAUAUUUGUGAAUAAUUACCAUCUUAUUCUGUAUUUAUUGUCCAUAUAUUCUUUGGUGCUGUAAAUGCUGUUUAAACGUAUUGGGUUUUUUUGGCUUUUUUUUUUUUUUGUUUUUGGUUUUUGGUUUUUUGGUUUUUUUUUUAAGACAGAAUAGCUCCUUGAAUCUUGACCAAAAAUAACAAACUCAUUUAAACUGGCAUAGCCUGUUUUCUUUCCUGAUUCUCAAACACUUCUACUUAUUAUACUUUCCAUUGCUGGCAGUGGAAAAAUAUUUCUGCUGCAAAGGGACUGCAGUGGAUUCCCUGGCAUUACACUUCUGUUUCCCACUUAGGGUAGUCUGAUGAUUUUGCUUCUGUUUCUGUAGAAACUUUUUUUUUCUAAACUGGGAAUAGAAAUAUAAACCCCUCAAUGCAAGCACAGAUCAGGGGCAUUUAUGAAGUAUUCAUGCUGCUACCCAGUUUUGUUGAAUUUCUUUUUGUGGAGCUUGUAUGAACAGAACUUUGAGUUCAUAGUUUGAACACAGUGCUGCAGAGUGUUAAUUUACUGGAGGCUUCUCUUGCUUUUCUUGUUCUCUUUCUUUGCCACUUCUAUUGUUGAAGUGCAGGGAGUUCCAAUUCACUCUUGUCUGGAUUAUGUUGCUGAGUUCAGCUAGACUGUGAUUAAUUUCUUUGUUUAUAAAGUGUUAGAUUAUGUUUGCUUACACAUUCACUGUGACAUAGCAGUUGUAUUUGUCAUUGGCUAUCUUUUGUUUAAGUGCCUUUUCACUGUUACUCAAAAUUUAAGAUCAAAUCGUAUUUUUACAGAGAUUUGGUACUUGAUUCUUUCUAUCUUAUUAAACCUUUAUGCUGAACAAAAAAGCUGUAGAUACUUUACUGAACAGUUUUUAUACUUGAAAUAAACUUUUGAGGACUA